AUGCUCUUUAUGCCUAAGCUAUCUAAAGCAUAUCAACUAGUUUUGAAUGAUUACGAUCAAUGUCGAAUUGCGGCUGGCAAUUGCCCUACUCCCGAAGCUGGUGCUUUCUUUACUAUGGAUGAUCCGAGACGUGGUGCUGAUGAGAAACCUAAGUGCAUCCAAUGCGGUAAGCAAGGCCAUUUGAAGAAACGUUGUUUCAACCUCAUUUGCUGGCCGGAGAAGUCUGGAUCGAAGAAUGACAAAAUUGGCCACAAAAAGGAGCCUUGUGAUCGACCACACAAUGGUCCUAAAGCUGCCCAUGUUUCCAUAGGGGAGAGCCCCAUCCCGGGCCUUUCUUUCCAAUAG